AUGGAUAAAUGCGACGAAGUUGACAUUUCUAAAAUACGAACUGGUAAAGAAAUUGAACAACUUGCCUGGUGUUGGGUUGGUACUAAUCUUCUAAAUGCAUCAUCUUCAAAUCAUAAUGAUUAUUUGUCAAAUGAAUGUCUGCGUUUAUCAUCAGUGUGUUUAACAGUUAGUUUUCGGCUAUUUCCAAAAGAACCGCUAGUUCUUAAUCGUUGGUAUGAAGCAUUUUCACGUCUUCUUUCGUCAUCAUCAGAAACUACGCCCAGCCUGGGUAUAGUAUGCAGUUUAAUGUUAUUAAAUAUCGGUCAGAUUGUACAUUUCUAUAUGGCUAGCUAUCAGGAAGAGAACGAGGAGGCGGCGGCGCUGGUAGUGAAUGGUGAAGAAAAUAAGGAGGUCGUCUAUGUCUUAAAGAUGAUUGGAUGA